AAUCUUUCACAAAUAUCUUCUUCUGCAGUCUCUAAUUUCUCUAUCCUUUUUUCCCUUCCCAUGCCCAACGAAGAAUAUUUCUUCUCCCAACACUCUCUUAUCGAUCCAAAAGAUCUCAAUCUCAAUCACCGAUGGAAACAGUUAAGACCUCUAGGUUCAUCACCGAGGUGGCUCCGGCUAAGUUGAUAUCGGCAACGAGAGAACCAUUCAAGAACAUGUUGACCACAAUCUCCGAAGAAGACUUUGACUUUGAGGAGUUAGUCAGAGCCACUGCAGAGAGACUCUCUUCUUCUUGUCCAGGCUCAUCCUCCUGGUCUCUUGGCCACUACGCCAAGAUCAACAGAGUCUCUUCUUCUUAGACCGUUAAAUUUGCGAUCCCAAAAUUUGCAUUUUUUUUUCUCUAUUUUCAAUAAGACGAAGACCGAAGAAAUCAUACGUUUCUUGGCCUAAGCAUCCAUCAACUUUUGUAAAAGAAAAUCUGUUUGUAAUCUCUCAGCAUCAGAGUUGUUUGUUUAUUUUUUCAUCUACUCGUUGAAUCUUUCCCUGCUCAUUAUAAUGUAAAACUGAAACAUUCUUGUCUUGGCCUAAUCAUCCUUCAACUUUUUUUAAAA